AUGAAAUCGAAAUCGGCGAGAAUUAUGGUCGAGCCGAUCCCUGCACCUGCUCCCUCCUCUCUACGCUAUCGCGGUGCUGGCGGUCCGUCGCAGUAUCUCAGCAGCCUACAACAGAGCGAAGAGUAUGAAGAGGCAUUGGAGAAGGAGCUUGAGAAGGACCAAUUGCUCGAGGUUUAUUACGAGGGUGGCGGUUGCUGUAAUGGCCGUUUGAAGAUUCGCCGAAUCGGAGGGUGCCGCUGCCUCAGCUACAACGUUGUGUUGUGGUUGUUGUUAAUCUUAUGCGUCGUUUUUAUCUAGAUCUAACUACAUUGUUCCCCAGUAGGUACUAAACCAUCCUUCUUGACUUAUAAUUAUUUCCCAAUUUACUAUUAUUUCCCAACUAAUUUACAUCGGAAACAAGAAGAACAAAGCUACAGGAAGAUGAUCGUCUUCUUAGCAGGAAUGAACUUAUUCAAUCUAGACUCUUCCAUCCUUCUUCUUAUUAAUUUUUCCGCAAUCUUUCUUUCGCCCAAACAAUAAUUAAAUUUAUGUGGUCUCUAAUGAGGAUGGUGCUCUGUUGUGUCGAGUUUUUGUACUGGAAAUACUUCGUCUACGAUCCUCGCUACAAAGUCGAUACGGAGACGCGCGUCGUGAUCAUCUCGUCAGCUGGUGGCAGCGGACACCUUGUCGCAGAAAAGGAGAUCAUCAAGAAGAUGAAGAUUAUGUUCCGUGUAGCACAGAAUUCAUCAUAUCUUUGAAAGUCUUCAUCUGGAAGAAAACUGGUGUCAAUAAGUUCGCCAAAUAAGUUAUUCGAGUUGUAGAUGAAGGACUACUUCUAUAGGUAUUUUUUGUAUGGGUAUUUUCCUCGGUAGUGCUACAUGAUCUCCAAAGUCAUCCGGAGAACUGGUGUCAAUAAGUCCCAGACAAAAGAACCAAGAGGGUGCUGGAAAAUCCAAAGUAACAAGACAAGGGAAUAAAAAACUACGCGCUCAGAUGAAGAUGAUCCCUCUUCAGAAGAUGAAUCUGCUUUGAUUUAUAGUAGUACCUCUAAGAAGAGCGCUGCCGGUUGGGUUCCGUUUGCAAAAGCAACGCCUGGCCAACUCGAACGUCUCCGCAAUAUGCCAGACAAGAGUUUUCAAUCGCUAUACGUUAAGGGUUAACCAAUUACAUCCCCCACAACCAUUCCUCACUCUUUUUCCAGUAGGAAAGAGGUGAGGGAUGUUCUGAAGAAUGUAAUGCUGCAACCUUUAGAUACGUCGUGCCCAAAGCAUGCGAAACUUACGACCCAAAACAUAAGGUAUGGAUGCCGGAAGGCUGCUAUAAGAGGAGCUGGAUUCAGAUCAAUGACUUAAUUUCAGGCGUGCUGGAGAUGAUGUUUGACAAGGUGUUGACCGACUUUGGACGUCAAGGCACUGAACAAUGGGACGAGGCACAGAAAACGGGCGACUACGAUUUCUUAUUUCAGGCCAUCCAGUUGAAAGACACAGUUGCCGAGAUGCUAUUUUCAUGGGGCUUCCGCGAAAACACAAAGGCGUACUUAGUUAAUUAUGAUCUUAUAAGCUUGUUCUACUUGUUUACGAGACGAAGAAACUGGUUACUUUUCCCUCGUCUUUUUAGGCUACUUAGUCCCUUCAUCAAAGAGUAUUAUACCUGAUAUGUCGCACUCGAAGGAGAACUUCCAUGCCUUCCCCCUAGUAAACGCAGUUGGUCACCUGGUUUAACAGACUAGCACCAUGAUUUUUUUACCCGGGUUUCUACAUAUUCAAACCAUCAUGAAGUUAAUGUAUUACUUACUAAGUCGUAAAGGUAAACUCAAUGCUCUUGCUCUCUCUAUGCAAUAUCAAUAUGGCGCUUUGGGUAAUUAAGCUAGAGGUAGCUUUGCUGGCGGCUUACCGGUUUGAUCGUCCAGUACUAAUUAGAUGUUUCGGGCGUCGCGUAAACAGUAGGGCACCAUCACUCUUUCUCUUCAGGUAUUUGAAAACGCAUCCGAACGUUGAGUUUGUUGUUUCGGUUCAGGCGCAACUGACGAACAACAUUUACCAAGGAGUCGAAAUAAUCAAUCGCAAACGCGAAAAACAAGCUUACAAAAAAUAUCUGAAGACGGGAAAUCCAGCUGACAAAAAGUUCAGUGGUGUGCACUUCUGUUAAGGCUUCGCGUAAUCCAUCUCGUGGAGCAUCCUGGGUAGGCUUUUCAAGGGGAACAAGGUGGUCUCAGGAUGAGGAUCGAGAUGGAUCCGGGUAAAAAGCGCUAAUUCUGCCUAAGUCUCACCGAUCCUCCUUCUCAGAACAAUUUCUUCAUUCGGGGAUUGAAACAGAUCCAAGCUCAUUCCGGUCCACGUGACAAAGAGCACUUCAUCCACAUCGAUAUGCCUCACGCAGGACAAGCCUUCAUGGGUCUGGGACAUCCGCAGUACCCGCAGAACCUUCUCUCUUCGCCUCAAGUACAAGCUGGUGGACAGUUAUGUUGACUACCAGUUGGUGUUGUCGUGGUUGAAUAAGUAGAUCAUGUAGAAGACGUCGUCAUCGUCGUUUGCUUCUCGUACAACUAGUUUCGCAAAAUGACUAAGUCCUCGGGGAUGCAACGACGUUCAGAGUUUGAAUUUGAAUUUGAUAAUAUCUCCUUUCAGAUAAUCUGGCGAAUUCUGUAGAGUGUUUCAUCUUGUUUUCCUCCUCCCCUUUGUUCUCCUCCUAUCGGUUUCUAGAGUUCGUCCUCCUCCUUCUCCUUCUUUGCUUUCUUCUAAUCACUGUUGCCGCCAACGCUGUGAUGAAAGACAAGGCGUUGAUUGACAAGGCCAUGGCUGAAGCCGAGAACGAAGAGUACCAGUUCAUUGAUCGCCGAACGCCAGCCAACGUCGCUUACUACAAGGGCAUGUUCAACAACCGCAUGAUCAAGACGUUUCGCUUCACAGAUGGGCCUAUUCGUACCGAAUUCCAGAAGGCUGUGGACGACUACUACUACAAAUACCCGGAUGGAGUGCCAAGCCGAAACGCAGCGUUGGUCUUGCCGAACAUCAAAAACGUCAACAUGAACAAAGAGGCCGUACUCCAUUUGUUUUCUCACUAUCUUCAUAGAGACGAUGACGAUCGUGAAGAUUGCUGUCAAGUGAAUGAAUUGCAUGUAUCAACAAGUGAAGGAAGAACUGCAUGGAGUUUUUCUUCUUCAAUAUUACGUUUUUUCCAACUGACAAAGACAAUCCUUUUAAUAGGAGGUUUUUACUCUUACCAAUACCAUUACCAAUAUCAAUAACCCCUAUGUAUUCCACGACACACUCACACAGCAACGCAUCGACAUCGGCGCUGACGAGCAUGUUGCGGCAGUGAUGUUGGGAGGACAGGCGGCUGUUGCAGCUACCAAGCACUACGUUAUGGGUGAAGCUAUGCGUUGGGUCAGCGUCGAUGCCAAUGGAAACUUCGACACAACCAAGAGCUGCCAGAAAGUCACGAUCUUCGCCUUCUGCGUCAAGAACGAAAAACUGAUCAACGAGGUGAUGGAAAUCAGCAAGACUCUUGGCGACCAGGCUAAGGAUGGACAUCGCAGUCGUAUCCGCAUCUUUGCGCUUGGGCUGCAGGACAGUGACGUGAUCGCACCGAUUUUCCAACGAGCGCAGAAUGUCUACAUUCGAUCAGGUACAACUUUUGCAGCUGCUGUGGAAUACAGUUGACUCGUGGUGGUCUAUGAAGAUGUUGUAAUUUAGUUGAAAAUUUAUUAUCAGGUGGCGUAGGUCAGGAUCGACCUCUUCUUUUCUAAUUUCCUAUUAUCAACCUACUUAGGUGGCAUGCAAAUUUUCGAGGCACGCUCUUUGGUGAUGGGCUCCAAGGUUACGAUCCAUUCUGAUCGCCCCUUGAUUGUCACGGAGAAAACGAGAGAUGGCCACCCUUACAAGUUCUGCACGCGGGGUACUAUUUUAGUUUCUAUGCUACGAACAUAGUCGUAUGCGUAUCGGACAACUAGGAGAUCUGUAACAUAACCUAUUUAUUCCACAGUCGUAGGCCAUAGACAAGCCUAUCAAUCUUGCCGAAGCCAUUGAAAAUGAAAUCUCUAUCUUUCCUAGGUAUGCUCUCUCACGAAAUGGGAAACGCAGCUUGGUUGUUGGAAUCCCUGGGACAGGCGAUGUUGAUCUGUACCUACGACGGAAACGACCGCCAGUGCUUCGAGGUGCAACCGAGUGGAGAACGUUUGGAGUAUGAGAAAUUCGUCCAAACAGAAGCCGACUCGGCAUUCUACGAUCCGGUGGAGAAAAAAUACAAAUGGGCUUCGUGCAUCUACGUGCCAGGGAAGCAUCUCGCAGCCAAGAACAUGAAGGCGCACAAACCGGAAGUAACUCGAUGCCCACCGUAAGCAAAAGGUACAAGAGGACGUAUGUCCCGGCGUAGGAUGGAAGGGACAGAGGAGGUAGUUGUCUCCUCUACCCUAUAGAAGGUAGAAGGGCGACUGAGGUAGGAUGGAAGGGACAGAGGAGGUGAUUGUUGCCUGUUGAACCCCAUAGAAGGAACCCUAAAGUGCCUGAUGGAGGUGGACGGAUCGGUUUUUAGAAAGGAAAGGGAACAUAAAAUGGUGAUGAUGAUUCUGACCCAGCACAAAAGAAUUGAGUAAAUACGACAAUCGAAUGAACUUCAUAUCUUAGAGACACUAAAUUGAGCAGGAGCAGAGGUAUAAUAGAAUCGAAUGAACUUCAUAUCUUAGAGACACUAAAUUGAGCAGGAGCAGAGGUAUAAUAGAAUCGAAUGAACUUCAUAUCUUAGAGACACUAAAUCGAGCACAGGUAUAGAAUCAAAUGAACUUCAUAUCUUAGAGACACUAAAUUGACGGUAUCUACACAAUGAAAUGCAAUUAUUGAUAUCUUGGAGACACGACUAGAUCAAAACCUCGAAGCCUUAUUUUUGGUUUGGUCACUUGCGCAUGUUGUAUAAGAAAUUGUUACCCGCAAAAGAUACGAUCAUUAUAAAUAUAUAGUAGUUUUUGGAAAAUACAAAUUAUAGAUGCACCAUGACAAUGACUACAUUGGAACCGCAUGAUGAUGUCCUAGCUUCAGACGACCCCAGAUCUUCACAAUUAAUAACUUGAAUAGCUUUAAGUAAGUAGCACUAGCAUAUCAACCUGCUUAACCACGACUUAGUCAGCACUAGCCUAUGAAUAUGAAGAUGUCAUAGUCAACUCACUUAACAUAGACUUACUAUUUAACGCGUACUCUACUAUCGUCGGGAUUGUUUGUGUAUAUAAAUCGGACUAAUGCAUAGGCUGGUUGAUUCAAAGUGUUAAUAACAGGCAUCUGAAGAGAUACGAGCAUGAUCACUUUAACUCUAGUUUUAGACAAAUAAAUGGCACGGUGCUUCUUUCGCUUCCGUGUUAUUUCCAUGAAAUGAAUGCUAGAUAGCUAGUACCCCGACUCUACUAUUUAAUGAAUGCUUGUAGAUCAGUUCUUACAAAAUGAUACCGUAAUGAGCAUAUUCUUAUUCAGACACACAGGAGUACGCGACGAGUGCAUAAUGGAUCGACACAGGCAUAGUCCAAAAAAGAAGUACAUAGCACCUUUUAUAAAUAAGGUGAAGCAUUAGGUCCAGCGACGCUUAAAGCACAUAAGUAAAGCAACCGGUUCGUUUCCCCUCUGAGUCUUAUGCUUCUCCCUUCAUGCAAUACAUAGCACCAGAAAUACAAGUAGUUGAUUCGAAUUCACUUUCUAACUCUCACGUCAAUAACCAAAACGUGAAGGCUGCUGAUGAAUGCUUUCUAUUUACCAAGUAAUCAUACACAUACUACUUCGUAGGCCAUAAUUGGAAGCUGAAGAUUCGACUGUAAGAGAAUCAAAAUCUGUUGGAUCGGCGAAUGACAGCUGGUUGACGCUCGCGCGAUAUGGCCACGCAAGUGGUUGCGACCAGCUUUCCUACCAUUGUGAUUCAUUAGCAGCAGCAG